CGCAAGAUUUUAGGGUGAAAUGUUCCGCAAAAUGAAGAAACCGCGUAGAAUAUUAUUCGGUGGUGACAGCUGCCAAAACAACAAGAUGUCGAAUGUCUCCUACCACAUCUCCAACUUACUGGAGAAAAUGACCUCCACUGAUAAAGAUUUUAGGUUUAUGGCCACCAAUGACUUGAUGCUGGAACUGCAGAAGGACAGCAUCAAACUGGAUGAGGACAGCGAGAGGAAGGUGGUCAGUAUGCUGCUGAGGCUGCUUGAAGACAAGAAUGGAGAGGUGCAGAACCUGGCUGUCAAAUGCCUGGCUCCUCUGGUGAGUAAAGUGAAGGAGCCUCAGGUGGAGACGAUGGUGGACACUCUUUGUUCAAACAUGAUGUCUGACAAAGAGCAGCUCAGAGACAUCUCCAGUAUGGGUCUGAAAACUGUCAUCGCAGAACUCCCCCUUUCCACAACUGGUGUGAAUCUGACCACUGGUGUGUGCAAGAAAAUCACCUCUCAGUUGAUUGGGGCCAUGGGAAAGCAGGAGGAUGUGUCAGUUCAGUUGGAGGCUUUGGACAUUCUUUCAGACAUGUUGGGAAGGUUAAGUGGCGCAUUGGUCAGUUUCCAUGGAUCUUUGCUGUCUAGCCUGCUGCCUCAGUUAACUAGCCCCAGAAUGGCGGUGAGGAAACGCUCCAUCUUGGCUCUGGGUCACCUGGUGCCCUGCUGUAGCCCCGCCCUCUUCUCUCAGCUGACAGAACACCUGAUGACAGAGCUGGCCAAGGCCCCGCCCACCUCCAUGUCCCGAACCUACAUCCAGUGUCUCGCUACAGUCAGUCGCCAGGGGGGACAUCGAGUUGGUGAACACUUAGAGAAGCUCAUCCCGAUGGUAGUGAAGCUGACCAGUGUGGAGGAUGACGAGCUCCGAGAGUACUGUUUCCAAGCAUUUGAAGCUUUCAUAAGGAGGUGUCCUAAAGAAAUGUCGCCGCACAUCUCCACGGUGACACAGCUGUGUCUUAAGUUCAUGACGUAUGACCCCAACUAUAACUAUGACGAUGAAGAGGAGGAGGACAGCAUGGAUGUAGAGGAUGGCUUUGGUGAAGAGUCCGAUGAUGAGUACAGUGACGAUGAUGACAUGAGCUGGAAAGUCCGGCGUUCCUCCAUCAAGUGUCUGGAGGCUCUGAUCCACACGAGGAGAGACCUGCUCCUGUCAUUCUACUCCUCCCUCUGCCCCGCCCUGCUCACACGCUUCAAGGAGAGAGAGGAGAACGUGCGCGCAGAUGUCUUCUCCGCCUUCUCCACUCUCCUCAGACAAACCCGAGUGGGGAGUAGCCAUGUUGGGCUGAUAACAGAGCAAGUAGCGGCGAGAGAGGAGGAGCCAACGGUUACAAUGUUGAAGAAACAGGUGCCGGUGAUAGUGAAAGCUCUUCACAAACAGCUGAAGGACAAGAGUGUUAAAUCUCGACAGGGCUGUUUCUCUGUCCUCACUGAACUGGCCCACACUGUACCAGGAGCACUGGAGGAACACAUCCCCGCCCUAAUACCUGGUAUAGUCUUCUCCCUGACUGACAAAUCCACCUCCUCCACCAUGAGGAUCGAUGCUCUGUCCUUCUUCCACGUCCUUCUGGUGUCUCACCCUCCACGAGCCUUCCAACCACACAUGCAGGUGCUGCUGCCCCCGGUGGUGGCUUGUGUAGAAGAUUCCUUUUAUAAGAUCACCUCAGAAGCCCUCCUUGUCACACAGCAGCUGGUCAAAGUCAUGAGGCCGCUCGACCAGAGCGCUGCUGGAGGAUUUGACCCCAAGCCAUUUGUCAAAGAGGUCUUCUCUUCAACAAUGAAGAGGCUCAAAGCUACAGACAUCGACCAGGAAGUGAAAGAGAGGGCUAUUUCCUGCAUGGGUCACAUGGUUUGUCACCUGGGCGACCACCUGGGGGCGGAGUUAAAGGGUGUCCUCAGCAUCUUUCUGGAAAGGCUGAAGAAUGAGAUCACAAGACUGACCACAGUGCGAACCAUCACUCUGAUCACCUCAUCUCCUCUCAAGAUUGACCUGUCCUCUGUUCUGCCUGAAGCCCUGUCGGUGCUGGGCUCUUUCCUGCGUAAAAACCAGAGAGCGCUGAAGUUGGGGACGUUGGCGUGUUUAACAGCUUUAGUCACGCAUCAAACCUCCAGCAUCAAACCUGCAGCUCUGGAGCCUGUCCUGAGUGAACUGCCCUCUCUAGUGGACGAGAUCGACAUGCACGUGUCACAGUUAUCCAUCACUCUGCUGACCUGUAUGGCCAAAGCCUGCCCCUCGUCUCUGGCCAAGAUCAGCUCCUCUGUGCUCCCUGGAGUCUUCCAACUGGUUCACUCUCCGCUGCUUCAAGGAGGAGCACUGGCAGCCAUUUUGGACUUCCUCCAGGCUCUGGUACUCUCCAAAGCCAGUAACAUCGGAUUUAGUCAGCUGCUGAAGUCCCUGAUGGAGCCCUUCCACAGUCCCCAGUGUUUGUCAGACAUCCACAGACAGUCGUACCACUCUGUCGCUCGCUGUGUGGCUGCGCUGUGCUCUGUCUGCCCCAAAGACACGCCAAGCACUGUCUCCAGCCUCAUACAACAGGUGAAGAGCCACAGUUGCCCAGAGUCGGCUAGGGUCCUGGCCGUGCUGUGUUUGGGGGAGGUGGGGAGGAGCGGCAGUCUGGGGGGCAGUAAAGAGGUCCAGGCAGUCAUCCUAGAGGCCUUCUCCUCAUCCAGUGAAGAGAUAAAGACUGCGGCGUCCUGUGCUCUGGGCAGCAUGGCGGUGGGCAGUUUGAAUGAGUAUCUCCCCUUCAUGUUAAAAGAGAUUGCCUCACAGCCAAAGAGGCAGUACCUGCUCCUGCACUCACUCAAAGAGGUCAUCAGUGCUUGUCCAGCCUCCAGCCUCUCCCCACACCUGGAGUCCAUCUGGGCGCUGCUGUUUCAGAACGCCCUGUGUCCAGAGGAGGGCACCAGGAACCUCGUGGCUGAAUGUCUGGGAAAACUCACUUUGGUCAACCCGGAUCAGCUCCUCCCCAGACUCAAAAAGCAGCUCAUAGGAGGAUCUGCUCUAGCCCGUAGCACAGUGGUAACGGCUGUAAAAUUCACUAUUAUUGACCAACCCGCUCCCAUUGACGCACUGCUAAAGGACUGUAUAGGGGACUUUUUAGCCACGCUUAAAGAUGAGGACAUCAAUGUGCGGCGCGUGGCUUUGGUCAUGUUUAACUCUGCAGCUCAUAAUAAACCGUCUCUCAUUCGGGGACUCCUGACAAAAGUCCUGCCCCAUCUGUACCAAGAGACGCAGAUCAGAAAAGACCUGAUCAGAGAGGUGGAGAUGGGUCCAUUCAAACACACAGUAGACGAUGGCCUGGACGUGCGUAAGGCUGCAUUCGAGUGCAUGUACACUCUGUUGGACAGCUGCCUCGAGGGGCUGGAUGUACUGCAGUUUCUGGACCAUGUGGAGGAAGGACUCAAAGACCAUUAUGACAUCAGGAUGUUGACCUUCUUGAUGCUGGCCAGACUAGCCUCCCUGUGUCCUGCCGGUGUUUUACAAAGAUUAGACCGACUCGUGGAGCCACUGAAGGCCACAUGCACAACCAAGGUGAAGGCUGGCUCUGUGAAGCAGGAGUUCGAGAAGCAGGAAGAGCUGAGACGAUCGGCCAUGCGCGCUGUCGCCGCCCUGCUGGCUGUGCCCGAGGUGGAGAGGAGCCCCAGCAUGGCCGAAUUCGCCAACCUGAUCCACACCAAUGCAGACAUGGCUUCCAUUUACCAAAGCAUCCAGGGAGGGGACGCUUCCGGGUUAGGCCCAGCAGAGGGCAUGGAUCUGGGCUAGGUUUGACAUACGGUGCACCAGUUUCACAAUAUACCAAUACAGAUUUUAACUAUUUUUUAUGAAUGUUUUAGUAGCGGUUUUGCCCCUGACACGAACUAGUUUCCAUGAAUUAAAGGAAAAGCAGUACACUCAAAAAGAAAGGUGUCUGUUGUGUUAUUUCAACACAUGUAAAGGAACAUAUGCUUUAGAAGUAAUCUAAAUAUAACAGCAAAUAUUUAAGUAAGAACUCUUUUUGUCUGACAUAUGAUGGUGUAGUGAUGUGUUUUGUAGGCUGCUUACAUGGAUGUGCCUUCUCCGGGACUCCCGUGUAUGCUCCUUGGGCCUUGUUUGUGUAACUCGAUGGCCUCUCUGAUCCAGCAUUGAUAUUUGUUGCCUUCAUUGUUGGGGAAGUAACUGUAUUGAGAAUAUGCACUCUGAAUACUAAUUCUGAGUAACUGUAUUUCAGUACGGUUAUUUUUUCAUUUGGUGGUAUUCAGAAUGCAGUUACUUUUCUA